AUGGACAGUCCUCCUUCUCCUUCUUGCAUCAUUGUUGCUUGUGAUGCCACAAGGGACCGCAAUGAGCACGAUAUUAAGCUCGUCAUCGAUCAUGUUCAUGCCAAGGAUAUCAUUCUCUCUUCCGGUGACAGGUUGCUUGUGCUAUGCAUCUUGCAUAAGGUGUCCCACCCUAUGGGAUACCAGACAUUAGCAUGUCCCGAGUCUUUUGCUGGCACCAACUUUCGUGCAAUGGAGGAAGAAGUCAGAAAAAAAGUGCAUGUAUAUGCAAAUGAGCUUUUAUCAUGUCUUGAAGAUUUUGAAAUCCAAGGGGUUACCAUUGACAUUCAAGUCACCGCAGGUUUUCCAAUUAGACAGAUUAUCUUACAAGAGGUUAAAAACUAUAAUGCAUCUUGGAUUGUACUUGAUAGAUACCUUCGGCGCGACAUGAGAUUCCACCUUAACAAGAUACCAUGUAAUGUAGCAUUGGUUAAAGAUGACUUGUCUGUGGAUAUAUGGAGAUCUCAAAAUGCACAUGACAAAAUUGCAGAAACAAAACCUGUGUAUUCUUUGUCCAAGUUUGUAUCAUUAUCAGAUUGUCAUAGCAUGCAAGACAUUGAGCAGUCUAUCAUCUCUUGUAAAAGUUAUCCAAAUUCCUUAGCUUCUUCUGAUAGCUCUGGUACUAUUAAGAGCUAUUCAAUGCAUUCAUAUGCCACCAGUUCAUUACAUUCUAGGUCUUCUUCUAAGCAUGAAAAAUCAGGUUAUCCCUUUUGCAUCCAGUUUGCACAAACUGAUGAGAGCGAAGUGAACCUAAAACUUAGUGUCUACAUACGAUUUGGAGUAAUUUGUAUAAGCAUCAAAGGAGAACAUAGACAUCUCAUGACUUCUCAAAUUGGCCAAAAGCAAAAUCAAUGUGUGUUUCUACCAAAAUCUUCAGGUGCACCAAUUCUAUGUGUUGGUUGUGGAAUAAGGACAGAGUUAUCUAUCAAGGAGUCAAAUAGGUUCAGCUAUUCUGAAAUACAGCUUGCAACAAAUGAUUUUUCAAAGGAUAACUUAAUAGGUGAAGGUGGAUAUGGUCAUGUAUAUAAGGGUGUUCUUAAAGAUGGACAACAAAUAGCUGCAAAAGUAAGGAAAGAAGAAAGUGCACAAGGGUUUUCUGAAUUUCAUUCUGAGGUUUAUGUCUUGAGUUUUGCUAGACACAAGAAUAUAGUGAUGCUGUUGGGGUAUUGUUGCAAAGAAAAUAAAAAUAUUCUCAUAUAUGAAUAUAUUUGCAAUAAGUCUCUUCAUUGGCAUUUAUUUGAAAAUAGUGAAGCAGUUCUUGAUUGGUCUCAAAGAUAUGGUAUUGCACUUGGGAUUGCAAAGGGAUUGCGUUUUCUACAUGAGGAAUGUCGAGGUGGUCCUAUUAUUCAUAGGGAUAUGAGACCAAGCAAUAUACUUCUCACUCAUGAUUUUGUUCCCAUGGUAAUAAAGUAG